UGGGCCAAGCAGGGGGGCUGUUCUCUUGCCUUCACCCCGUGCCCCCUCCCCAGGCUGCUCGCCCCACGUGCCGCAGCAGCAGCAGCAGCAGCCAUGCUUCAGAGCCACCGUCGGAUCGUGGCUCUCAGAACAGGGACGAGGAACAGGGAGGCCCUGCGACCUUUGCAGCAGCGUUAGAGGAGCUGGAACGAGCACCGGGCCGGCGGCUGGGACGUCUGGAGCUGGUGGCAGCAGCGUUGGCAGCGAUGCCAGCACUGGGGGUGGCCGGGCAGCUGGAUGCUUACAACCGGCUGCUGCGGGUGCUGCCCCGUGGGCCCUGGGUGCCGCGGGGGCCCCUGCAUCGGCUCUUUGCUCCUUUUCCACGGCAGCAGGAGUGCGGGUUGCAGGUUCUGGAACAGAUGGAGAGAUACGGUGUGGUGCCGGAUGCGGAGACGCGGUUCUUGUUGUUGGCCAUCUUUGGGCCUCGCAGUCGUCCUGUGCGGAAGUGCCAGCGGAUGCUGUAUUGGCUGCCAAGGAUGCUCCAUGCCAACCCCUACCCUCUGCCCGCUCAGUUGCCCCCUCCAGGCUUGGCUGCUGCCUGCCUGGGGUUGCGCCGCAUUGCCAACGAUCCCGACGCCAGGCUGAGUGUUUAUCAG